CUUCUUUUCUUUUAUGGUUUGCAGCAUAUUGGCUUCAUAUUUGUCGACAAAGAUUCCAUUCGCGUCAUUCACGAAUGUCGUCCAGCAAAAAUGAGAAAAGUGUCUCAAAUGUGGAGGCCGAGGUCGCCUCCCCACCUAAGAAGGGAACCGGAGAAGAGUCCGAAGAGGAGAGCGAGGUGCUGGAGGAGAGUCCCUGUGGUCGCUGGCAGAAGAGGAGAGAAGAGGUGCAACAGCGAAAUGUCCCCGGAAUUGAUUGUGCAUUUCUGGCCAUGGACACAGAGGAAGGUGUCGAGGUGGUUUGGAAUGAAGUAAGAAUAUCUGAGAAGAAAUCUUCCAAAGUUCAACUGACAUCAGACAUGAUUAAAGAUAUUCAGGACAAGAUUCGACAAGUGUUUGACAACCUCAUCGAACUCGAACAUCCAAACAUUGCCAAGUUUCACAAGUACUGGACAGACAGCUCUAAAGAUAGGCCCAGGGUCAUCUUUAUCACGGAGUACAUGUCGUCAGGUUCGCUGAGGCAGUUCCUCAAGAAGACCAAGAGAAGUAAUCGAACUCUCAAGGCUUGGAAAAGAUGGUGCACACAGAUACUAUCUGCCCUAAGCUACCUGCAUAGCUGCAGUCCUCCAAUAAUACACGGCAACUUGACGACGGAUACAAUCUUCAUCCAACACAAUGGUCUCAUUAAAAUUGGAUCUGUUGCCCCGGACGCCAUUUACAACCACGUUAAGACAUUCAAAGAAGAACCGAAACAUCUACAUUAUUCUGCCCCAGAGUACAAAGACAAUGCCAACGUCACCACGAGUGUCGACAUAUACAGUUUUGGCAUCUGUGCACUUGAGAUGGCCGCCCUGGACAUGUCGGGCAACGGAGAGACGACACACUCGAUGACCGACGACGCCAUUGUCAAGGCCAUUGAGUCCAUUGAAGAUGUUCAACAAAAGGACUUCAUAUCGAAAUGCUUGGAGCAGGAUCCUAACAGACGCCCGACAGCCCGCGACCUCCUCUUCCAUCCAAUCCUCUUCGAGGUUCACAGCCUCAAGUUAUUAACGGCCCACGUCUGCAUCAAAUCAUCCAAAGGCAGUUCUGACGACAUAUCUUCCUUGAUAACAUUCGAAGCCUCGAAGAUAGUUGCUGAGAUCCCUGCCAGAAACAACAAACCAUCCGUGCCUCUCAGUUUUCCACAAUCAGCUAUGAUGGACUUGGAAAAGUUCAUUGAAGAUGUAAGAAAUGGCGUCUACCCCCUCACUGCCUUCGGCUUCACUCCUCGUCCCGCCUCGACUACCCCCAAAGAAACGACGGAAAUAUUUUCCGAAACAGACAACGGUACGGAGCCAGACGAGACGGUCCCACCCGGGUCCGAGACACGUCUGGUCAUCCGACAGUCGUGUCAAAUAGCCCAGCGGGAUGACAAGUCGGCUCUGCAGUUGACCCUGCUACUUCGUAUGGACGACCAGAUGAACAGGCAGUUGCAGUGCGAGUUCACCAAGGAUGAAACUCCAAACUCUUUGGCCGAAGAACUCGUUCAGCAUGGAUUCAUCAAUUCUAUCGAUUGUCCGAAAAUAGCCAUCCUUAUAGAAGAGAAGUUGCGUCUCUGGUUGGACAGUCAGCAGGCGCUUAACAAGUAGUUCAUCUCAAAUCGACCAACCACAUUUCUUUUUUCAAUCGACGCUUAUUCUUAUUGGCUGGCUAGGAAGAUGUUUACGUUUUCUUUUUCAUUCAAAAAAGCAUUGUAAGUAAGGCACGAGGCGAUCAAAUCAUCAUCAUCAUUCAAUAUCAUCAUCAUUCAGAUAGCUUUUUUUAAUGCUUUUUCAAUUUAUCAAUUAGUGAUAAUAAAUGAUUACAAGACAACAAUUUGUAAUGAACUGAGUGAAUGUCUAUCAUCACCAUCAUUGUCGUCAUCGUCGUCGUCAUCAUCAUCGUUCGUCGUCAUAAUGCGAGAUAUAGUAUUAACAUGAUAAAGUUAGCAUUAACUUUGUUUAAUUUUUCUUCUGUUUUUUAUAGCAACUUACUAAGUUUUGAUAGAAAAUUUGUUUGCGAAUGUUACAGAAUGUUAAAUUUGAUUUUGUCAAAUGAUUUUUUUUCAGUUAAAUAAAUAUAUAUAUAUAUAUAUAUAUAUAUAUAUAUAUAUAUAUAUAUAAUUAUUCACCUAAUUAUACGCUUGUCUGUUUGUACAACAUAAGUGUGUGUGUGUACUGCACACAGGUACACAGAUGUGCGUGUAUAUGUAUACACAAGUGGGUAUUACAUAUGUUUGUGUGUGGGUAUACAAAUAAGUAUAUUGGGUUUGCAUGUGACAGGAUUUAUAAAUUUGCCAUACCCUCAUAGUUUAUUUGAUGUUGCUUCGUCGCUAUUGUUAUUAUUUUGAUUCAUUUUUAUCAUUUUCUUUAUGAUAUUUUUGACGUAUUUAUUGAUUAAAUUAUUCAAUUAUAUAUAUCUAAAAGGUUUAAGUUUUCAAGAAAAGUUUCAAUAAUGGCAUAAGUUUGUAUGUGUAUGGAACCUUUUAUUUUCGUCACCGGUCAGAUUGGUUGAUUUCGGAACCCUUAGCGUUCUGUUAUUAUAUUUCACUUUUAUAGCCAGCUUUGUAAUAAUUAGCAAUGUUUUUUUUUCAUCCCAUUUGGUUUGGUUUUUUUCAAUCAUUCAAUCUGUCAUUUGUUCUGUUGGUUAAUCUAUAAAUAGGUCUAUCGAUUUAUCAAUCAUUCACUCCGUCAAUCAGCCAAUCAAUCAAUCAGCCAAUCAAUCAGCCAAUCAAUCAAUCAGCCAAUCAAUCAAUCUAAUCGUACAUUACCUGCCGUUUUUUUCUUCAGAUUUUGAAUUAUUGAAUUAUUUUGCGAAUUGUAAACAUUGUAUAUAAAUAUAUUAUUCCUAUAAACAUAUAA